AUGUCCCCUGGGGUGGCUGUGGGCAUCGGGCUGUGUCCUGCCCACUGGGGCCGUUGCUGCGCAGAGGCAGCUGUGCAGGACGAGGGCUGGCAGGGUGAGGGCCUGGCCCCAUCCGUGCUCAGAACGCAGGGCAGGGUGUGCGUGGAGCAGCGGAGCGCAGGGCUGAGCUGUCCUUUCCGCAUGUGGCUUGAAGGCUCCUCGGCAGCGUGGGGCGGGCCAGGGUGUGCGCUUAGCCCUGCGGCCACAGCCCAGAGGAGCAGGAGGCGGGCAGCUGCGAGUGGGGCUGAGGUGCAGCGGCUGCGGGAGGCCACUUCUGUGGCAGCAGCAGGGCUGGGAGGGCUGCUGAGUCCUGGGGAAGGCUUAACCCUUGGGCCGAACAGUCUGAAGGCCAGUUUGAGUCAAUUAAAAACUGAAUUUUCAUUUAAGCACAUGUAUACAAGGGUUGGAGAAAGGAUAGUGAACUCCACAAUGUUGAAGCAGAAUAAAGCUUUGUGGGAGAUGACACAGCUCUUGAUGUUGCUCUUGCUCCUUGUGCCCUUUAGCAUGCCCCAUGCUCCUGCGCUGUCGUCUGUGGCUGGACAUCUCUGCGGCCUGGACUGCCUGGUCAAAUGGCCAUCUGGGAGACAGGUCUGCUCGCUGGUGCCGGGAGCGGGGCAGUCGCUGGCAGCUGAAGGAAGGAGUGCGCUGGAGCUGCUGUACCGGGAGUCUCCUGCAUGCCAGCUCUCUGCUCAGCAUGCCUCAUCUCUACAUAUGAGCAUCACCUCCACCAGGAAGGUCAAGAUGGACCAGACCAUCGUGCCUGAUGGCACCAUCGUGAUUACCACAGUUCAGUCCCGGCCCAAGGCAGGCUGCAAACUGGAUUCACCAUCAAGGUCCCCAUCCAAGGUGGAAGUGACCGAGAAGAAGACAACAGUGCUUCUGGAGAGCAGAUGUCCUCACAGCGCCAUAUCCGGUAGCUCGGGGGACAGCCACAUGCCCAAUGGCUUGGAUCCGGUGGCUGAUACAGUGAUCUGGCAGCUGACCGAGGCAAAUAACAAGCCUGCCAAGAAGAACCCAACAAGACGGAGCACGCUAAUCAUCUCAGGACUUUCCAAAGUACCCAUUGCCCAAGAUGAAAUGGCCCUUUCUCUGGGUUAUGCUGCUGGAUUGGCCGCAGCGUAUGGGGAUCCUGUAGCAGCAGGUGCAGAUGACCUGGGUCACAGUCCUACCGAAUCAUCCCAGCUGUUGGAAGCAUCGCUGUCAGGACAAAGGACCAGCCAGGAUCUGGAUGAGACGACGCAAUCGGACAUCCCAGAGAGGCCAUCGGUGGAAGAUGUUGAGUCUGAAACGGGCUCCACGGGAGCUCUGGAGACCAGGAGCUUGAAAAAUCACAAAGUUGGCUUUCUCCGGAGCGGCACCAAGCUCAUCUUCCGCAGAAGGAGCAAGCAGAAGGAAGCGGGCCUGAGUCAGUCGCAUGAUGACCUGUCUAACAUCAGCAUCAGCUCUGCCGCGAGGACAAAAGCUGGCAGCUUCUCCUGCCGCCUCAUCAAGUGCUUCUCCAUCAGGUCAAAACCCAAGCCUAAAGCUGGCAACAGCACGCCACCAGGUGGGAACUGAAGG